CGGUUUGUGUUGCCGGAUCAGCUGACAUUGACAGAUGAAUUUAGGGCGCCGAGGGGUCCUCAAAUGCGAUAAAUCCAGGGAGGCUCUCGUAGAGAUUCAGAAGUAAACAACAACCAGAGGCCUUGGAUCAGGUUUUCAUGGAUGAGACGCAAGGUAGUGGGGCCGACGGAUUUUGUUGAUAAACAUUUUUGAUUAUUUUUUUUUAUCGGACACCUACCUGUUGGCCAAUAAUAUGGGACAUAAUUGAACCUAUCCAUAGAACACGAACCGGCAAUAAAGGAUAGAAUAAUAUCGCUGCAAGCUCGGGAAAGAAAGAAGCCAUUUUGCGGUCUUCAAAUUUGUUUAAAAAUACUCCAGUCAGUUCCAGUCAAUUUUGAAGCGUAGAUAAUGCUCUCGAGAUAACGCCAGCGCAUCGCCGAGACGAUCUUCGUCAUUGUAGUCGUGUGCACCACGGUCUGGUUCCAGUGGUGGGGUCAAUUAUCGUGUCUCGUGAGGCUGUGGAAUAUAAAACAGCACGCCGCAAGUGCCGUCGAAGCUAGUGGAAAAAUACCUUCCGACGAGAACUUAUCACGUGCUUCAGGAUGAAGGUUCAAACAGUGCGUGGCCCGGUCGAUCCGGAACAGCUUGGUUACACGCUUACCCAUGAGCAUUUUUCGCUCAACUUUGACAAAAUGUAUUCCGCACCGCCGGAUGCGGUCGAGGAGUUUGUCAGCCGGCGGAUUACGCUGGAAAACGUUGGCUACGUGAAGCAGUACCCUUACGGAAGCCGGUACAAUAUCAACUUUGAAGACUUCGAUACGCACCAGGCGGUCACGAAGGAUGUGGUGGCGUACAAGAAAUUCGGGGGUGGUGCAAUCGUCGAAAAUACAUCACACGGUCUCGGACGUAAUCUGAAGCUGAUGUACGAUGUGUCGAAGGAAGCGAAUGUGCAUGUGAUCGCCGGUACGGGUCACUACAUCCAUGCGAUGCAGGAUGAGGUCACGCUAGCGAUGAGCGUCGAGCGCAUGACGGAUCUGUACACGAAGGAGCUCCUGUUCGGGGUGGAAGUGGCCGGGCUUGAUGAUCCGGUAAAGUGUGGUUUCAUCGGUGAGGUGGGCAGCGGCUGGCCGAUCAGUCAGUUCGAGCGGAAUGCCAUUCAGGCGACGGCCGAAGUGCAGGCCGCCAUUGGGUGCGGUGUUUCGUUUCAUCCGGGCCGUGAACGGGACGCACCGUUCGAGAUCGUUCGGCUGUAUCUGGAGGCGGGCGGCAGUGCGGCCAAGUGCGUCAUGUCGCAUCUCGAUCGUACGCUGUUCAGCGACGAGGAUCUGCUCGAGUUUGCCAAGCUGGGUACAUACUGCCAGUUCGAUCUAUUCGGCACGGAGUGUUCGUACUAUCAGCUUAAUCCGGAGUCGUACAUGCAGUCGGACGAGCAGCGUAUUCAGAAAAUUGUUCGUCUCAUAAGCGAGGGAUUCGAGGAACGCAUCCUGAUGGCACACGAUAUCCACACCAAGCAUCGACUGACUUCAUUCGGUGGACAUGGGUAUAGUCACAUCCUGAACAACGUUCUUAUGCGCUUCUCGCUGCGAGGCGUCGAUAUAAAGACCGUCGAUACGAUGACCAUCAGCAAUCCGGCAAGAUGGUUGGAAAUGAAGGUUUAGGUGGUGGCUUUCGCCACCCAUUUGUGAAAGUGAAAAGUGAAAGUGCAUGAAGAGGCCUUGCCUAAAAUCAAGAAAGAAAAUCAGCUUAUGAAGCUAGUAACCACAGUGUUUGCAUGGUAGGAUUAAAGUUAUUAUUUUAUUUUAUGUUAAAAAAAUAAAGCCUCCCUUAGCAGAG